CCACCGCCGCGGCACACCAAGAAACCGUCAUCGUUCCCGAAGACGACUCCACGCACGCGAUCAUGAUCGCAUCGCUUCGCACGAAGCACGGCAAACCGGCCAAUAUGACCGGUAGCGACAAACUCCGCAAAAUCUCCGGGGGGACCAAUUGGCUCCCUUUCAAAGACCGCGCCGAGAGUCUCUUCGAGCUCUUCGGGUGCCUUCAUAUCGUCGACGGCAAAUGGCCGAUCACGGAAGCGUUAACCCCGGAAGAACGGGAGCUGUGGAAAAAGAGAGAUGGGAUAGCGAGAUAUAUUCUUACCAAUUCGGUCAGUGACGACUUAUCUUCCCACGUGAAGAAGCGAGACCCGCAGAACCCAUCAAAGAUUUUCACUUCUGCGGAAAUGUGGAAGAAACUCACCGAUACGUUCGAGAUCCGAUCGGGACAACAUGUCACCGAACUCUAUUCGCGCCUAUACACUAUGCGGGCCGGAGAUGAAGACGAAAUUGGCUGUCACAUACUCGAAUUAGAAGAUCUUCGCCAGCGCAUCGCCGUUGCCGCGGGAACUACCGGUCGCACCGUAUCCGAUGCCGAGUUCCAGAAUGUUAUACUCAUAUCGCUCCCGAACUCCUGGAAGACCUGGUCCCAGGGUUACCAUGGAGUAGAAGCGGCCGAUGGCAAACUCAAUAGGACGACUGAUGAGCUCAUAGCUCUCAUUCGGGCCGAGGGUGCUCGCCGCGCGGGAACCAAAAGAACUCAGAAGCGAUCGCGUGGGGAAGAAGCCCUUCAUACUUCCUCCGGGAAGGCGCGUCGUGGGAAUAAUGGGAAUAGAAUCCCUCAGUCACGCGGUUGUCACGUCUGCAAGAUGAGUAAUCAUUCAUACGCGGACUGCACUGUCAAAGACAAACCCGAGUGUUACCAUUGUUACCCCGAGGGGUAUACUGGCAGAAGACUCACGGAUAAUGAUAGAAAGAAGCUGGAAAAGGACAUAAAGGCAAAGGCUGCCGAAGGAAGUUCCCAAAAGGGGAAAAAGAGAAGCGCAGACGAGGCUAAUUUGGCCGAGACUCCAACAGAAGCUCCGGCGGAAUCUUCCCGCAUGGCCAUAGAGCGCGAGACCGAAGCCUUAGCAGAAUUAGAAAUUACAGAUCCCUGA